CGCAUGUUGCACAAGCAAAAGCACUGUGUACGGUCCCAAAUAUAGCUAGUGCAGAAGUGAGCGUCCAGUGUCAGCGUUCAGACGUCGCAUUAUCUGCCAGCGGCUCCACGUCAGCCGCAGCCUUUCGGAGGCUCACGCGCGCGCCUGCUCCGCUUUGUUUGCGUCGCGAGUAAAGAUCUCCAGCUGUAAAUAACCACCCGGUCGUGGAUUCAGCAAAGACACGCGACUGACGAUGUGCUCGGUUAUAAACGGGCUGAGGCCCCUUCAGCGGAGCCUCGCUCUGGCGCUGAGACUCAGAGCGAGCACCGAGGGCUGGAGCGGCGCGGCAGCCGCCAGCAGGCGCGUCGCUCCCGGCUCGAGCACUGGCGUUGAACCGGCUGCGGGCAGAAGAUCGUGCUGCGGCCUGGCGUCGACCAAAGGACUGCUCUUCAGACAGCUGUUUGAGUCAGAGAGCAGCACCUACACCUACCUGCUGGCAGACGCACAGACCAAGGAGGCCGUGCUCAUCGACCCGGUUCUGGAGACCAUUGACAGGGACCUGAAGCUCAUAGAGGAACUGGGAGUGAAUCUUAAAGUGGCAGUGAACACCCACUGCCACGCCGACCACAUCACCAGCACUGGGCUGAUGAAGAAAAGAGUGGUGGGGCUGCAGAGUGCCAUCUCCAAGUUCAGUGGAGCUGCUGCAGACAUCCAGCUGUCAGAGGGAGACCACAUCACCUUUGGGAAACAGCAUCUGACAGUGAGGGAGACUCCAGGACACACUGACGGCUGUGUGACGCUGGUGUUGGGGGAUCAGAGCAUGGCUUUUACUGGGGACGCGCUGCUGAUCAGAGGCUGCGGCAGGACGGAUUUCCAGCAGGGCUCUGCUACAAGACUCUACCACUCAAUUCAUCAAAAGAUCUUCACCCUGCCUGACCAGUGUCUUGUCUACCCAGCACACGACUACUUAGGUCAAACUGUGUCCACGGUUGGUGAGGAGCGCAAGUUUAACCCACGUUUGACCUUGAGUCAACAGGAGUUUGUGAACGUCAUGGACAACCUGAAUCUCCCCAAGCCAGAUAAAAUAGAUGUUUCAGUGCCUGCUAAUCUGGUUUGUGGAGUACACCAAGUUUGAUGAUUCUACAUCAAAAACUACAUGAUGGCAAAGUGGUUCACCUUUCCAUUGUGUUUUCAGUAGAGUUACUCCAAAACCACACAGUGUUUUUUAUAUUUGUAUGUAAAUCUAAAGAUAUAUUUAACCAGAUGUUGUCAUUUGGUUUGAAGUUACUGUUCUAUUGGAAUGCAAUUAGGUCAUAUUUAGAGUUAUACAUGUGAUGACCUCUAACAAUUUGUACAGAAAGAAAAAACACUAUUACAGUUUUUUUUUUCGCAUUAAUUUUUAAUGUAAGUAUUUUUUAACAGCUGUAUUAUUGAAUGUGAAUAAGAGCUGAACUGUUCAUUUAUA